UUCGUCGAGAAUUAUUUGUUUUUGCAAUUCGUCGGAGUUUGGGUCGUUAAGUUUUCGAUUAGGGUUCAUAAACUUAGUAAAACCUCCAUCUGGUGAGACUUCGUCGUCGUCCUCGAUUCUCUCUGAUUCCUCAUCGGAACUGAUUAAGCCGCGAAUUUGAGAGGAAGCUUUAUUUUGUGUGAAGAUGGCGAAUAAUCCUCCGCAGUCUUCUGGUGCCCAGUUUCGGCCGAUGGCUCCUGGGCAGCAGGGUCAGCAUUUUGUUCCUGCAGCUUCACAACCUUUUCACCCUUAUGGACAUGUACCUCCAAAUGUUCAAAGUCAGCCUCCGCAGUAUUCUCAGCCGAUACAGCAGCAGCAGCUCUUUCCUGUGAGACCAGGCCAGCCUGUGCAUAUUACAUCAUCCUCACAGGCUGUAUUAGUUCCGUAUAUUCAAACGAACAAGAUUCUCACUUCUGGAUCUACUCAACCACAGCCAAAUGCACCUCAAAUGACGGGCUUUGCUACAUCUGGACCUCCAUUUUCUUCUCCAUAUACUUUUGUACCAUCAUCUUAUCCUCAGCAACAACCAACAUCCUUGGUCCAACCAAAUUCUCAGAUGCAUGUAGCCGGCGUCCCUCCAGCAGCAAACACUUGGCCUGUUCCUGUAAAUCAAAGUACCUCACUUGUUUCUUCUGUGCAGCAGACUGGGCAACAAACACCAGUCGCAGUUUCCACAGACCCAGGAAACUUGACUCCGCAAUCUGCAUCUGACUGGCAGGAGCAUACAUCUGUUGAUGGGAGAAAAUAUUAUUAUAACAAGCGGACGAAACAAUCAAAUUGGGAAAAACCUCUUGAACUGAUGACACCACUUGAGAGGGCUGAUGCAUCCACUGUAUGGAAGGAAUUUACAACACCUGAAGGAAAGAAAUAUUAUUAUAACAAGGUUACAAAGGAGUCUAAGUGGACAAUUCCGGAAGAUUUAAAGUUAGCUCGGGAACAAGCCCAACUAGCUAGUGAAAAAACGUCCCUUUCAGAAGCUGGAUCUACCCCUCUGUCCAACCAUGCUGCAUCCUCGUCUGAUCUAGCAGUUAGCACUGUGACUUCUGUUGUUCCCAGCACAUCUUCAGCACUUCCUGGACAUUCUUCAAGCCCUAUUCAAGCGGGUUUGGCUGUACCUGUCACUCGUCCUCCCUCUGUUGCUCCUGUUACUCCAACAUCUGCUGCAACUAGUGAUACUGAGGCUUCUGCAAUAAAACCCGAUAAUUUACCUUCUCGGGGGGCAGAUGAUUCAAAUGAUGGAGCUACAGCACAAAACAAUGAGGCUGAGAAUAAGGAAAUGUCUGUGAAUGGAAAAGCCAAUUUGUCACCUGCUGGUGACAAAGCAAAUGUCGAGGAACCUAUGGUAUAUGCUACUAAGCAGGAGGCCAAAGCUGCUUUCAAGUCUCUUUUGGAAUCUGUAAAUGUUCAUUCCGACUGGACAUGGGAACAGACAUUGAAAGAGAUUGUUCACGAUAAAAGAUAUGGUGCUUUGAGGACACUCGGUGAGCGGAAACAAGCGUUUAACGAGUAUCUUGGUCAAAGGAAAAAAGUGGAAGCUGAGGAAAGACGAAGGAGGCAGAAGAAAGCUAGGGAAGAAUUUGUCAAGAUGCUAGAGGAGUGUGAAGAACUUUCAUCAUCCAUGAAAUGGAGCAAAGCAAUGAGUUUGUUUGAAAAUGAUGAGCGCUUUAAAGCUGUUGAUCGUCCUAGGGAUCGUGAAGAUCUUUUUGACAAUUACGUUGUGGAACUUGAGAGGAAGGAAAGAGAAAAGGCAGCGGAGGAACAUCGGCAGCAUAUGGCAGAGUAUCGGAAGUUUCUUGAAACCUGUGACUAUAUCAAAGCUGGUACACAAUGGCGCAAAAUUCAAGAGAGACUGGAGGAUGACGAAAGAUGCUCAUGUCUCGAAAAGAUAGAUCGUCUGAUUGGUUUUGAGGAAUACAUGCUUGACUUAGAGAAGGAAGAGGAGGAGCAGAAGAGAGUAGAGAAAGAACAUGUACGGCGGGCCGAGAGAAAAAACCGUGAUGCACUUCGUACACUUUUGGAAGAACAUGUCGCUGCUGGCAUUCUUACAGCCAAGACGUACUGGUUGGAUUAUUGCAUUGAGUUAAAAGACUUGCCCCAAUACCAAGCUGUUGCAUCUAAUACAUCUGGCUCAACUCCGAAAGACUUGUUUGAAGAUAUCACAGAAGAAUUAGAGAAACAGUACCAUGAGGACAAGAGUUACGUAAAGGAUGCUAUGAAGUCAAGGAAGAUUUCCAUGGUCUCCUCGUGGCUAUUUGAAGAUUUUAAAUCUGCUAUUUCAGAAGAUCUCAGUUCUCAACCGAUAUCAGAUAUAAAUUUAAAGCUUAUAUAUGAUGACUUGGUUGGGAGAGCGAAGGAAAAAGAAGAAAAAGAGGCUAGAAAGCUUCAGCGUCUGGCUGAAGAAUUUACCAAUCUGUUGCACACUUUCAAGGAAAUAACCGCAGCUUCGAAUUGGGAAGAUAGCAAACAACUAUUAGAAGAAAGUCAAGAGUACAGAUCGAUUGGAGAUGAAAGUGUUAGCCGAGGGUUAUUUGAGGAAUACAUAACGAGUUUACAAGAAAAGGCAAAGGAGAAGGAGCGUAAGCGUGAUGAGGAAAAGGUUAGAAAAGAGAAGGAAAGGGACGAGAAAGAGAAACGGAAAGACAAGGAUAAGGAGAGAAGGGAAAAGGAAAGAGAACGUGAAAAAGAGAAGGGAAAAGAGAGGAGUAAACGGGAAGAAUCAGAUGGUGAGACUGCUAUGGAUGUGAGCGAAGGUCACAAAGACGAGAAAAGAAAGGGAAAAGAUCGAGACAGAAAACAUCGGAGACGGCAUCACAAUUCUGAUGAAGAUGUCAGUUCUGAUAGGGAUGACAGAGAUGAGUCGAAGAAGUCCUCUCGUAAACAUGGUAAUGAUCGUAAAAAAUCAAGAAAGCACGCAAACUCACCUGAAUCAGACAGUGAAAACCGGCAUAAAAGACAGAAGAAGGAACAGCGGGAAGGUAGUCGUCGAAGUGGUCAUGACGAGCUAGAGGAUGGAGAAGUUGGGGAGGAUGGUGAAAUCCGACAUUAAUCGCUGACAAGUCGUAAAAAGUAUUUGUCACAUUUUUGCUUCAUCUGGAAACCUUUCUACAUCUCAAUUACUUUCUUGAUUCAUCUUUUUACACUGUAAUGAUAAUUUUACUUUCUUUUCAUUUCUCUGUUAAUUGGAUAUAUACCGAAAUCUUUAAUUCUUACUGUCAA